CCACUAAAAUCAUGAAAUUAUUAACAUAUAUUUUGGCUGUUAUAGGUAAUCCCAAAAGCGUUUCUCAAGCAUCUAGCUGGUGAGAAUUGCAAAGAUGGACAAGAAAUCAUACUGAAAAACCCUCGGUGCAAAGACAAAUCAUGGCCUGUGAAGCUGAAGGGGUUUUGUUUUAAAGAGGGUUGGAGUGAUUUUGUUAGAGACCAUAAACUAUGUCUUGGAGAAUUUGUAGUUUUUAGGCAUGAAGGUGGAUUAGUUUUCGAUGUUAUCGUAUUUGGUCAUUCUACAUGUGAGAAGACAAAAUACCCAGCUCUUCAAAUUAAUAUGGAAGAUGAUAACAGAGUCAAGGAGAAAGAAAUCAAAGUGAGUUCUGUUCCUCUAAGUAGCCGAGUCAUAAGCCGUUGCAUGACUCAUUCUAACCGAAGAAAGGUAGCCAUGAAUAGUUCCAGCAGACAAGCUUCUUUUGAGGACUUAGGAAAGCAAUUCGAGGUCAAGAGGCCUCAUAGGAGGCACCCGAGCAUUCCCAGGUACUUUUUGAGAUCUAAUGGUAUAACCGGAAAAUUCUUCAAAGUGAUCAUCAGAGAUCAAAAGGGAAGGUCUUGGCCAGUGAACAUAACUAGCAAGAACAGACUGGGAAACGGAUGGUCAGAGUUCGUUUCUACAAAUAGCUUGAAGGAAGAAGACAUUUGUGUUUUCAAGCAAAGUAACUCGGGAAAAUUAAGUAAUAGAUCAGGUGCACUUGUGCUGGAUUUUACUGUUUUAAGCUCCAAGAAUAGAGGGGCUCUAGUGAAAAAGGAUUACCAGAUUGAGCUCAGUAACCCUUCAUUUGAGAAGACUCUCACUCUAUUCAACUUUAGAAACCAUUGUUUGUAUGUCCCAAUGAAUUUUUCAAGAUUGAACGGUCUUAUGGGAAAAAAAUGCAAGACAACUCUCACAGAUGGAAAGGGAAGGUCAUGGAAAGUGGAACUGAACCAUAGGAAGAGCGAUGACCAAGUCUACAUUUUAAGUGAUUGGAUUCAGAUCUGUACUUCAAAUGGCUUGAAGGAAGGUGAUACCUGCACUUUUGAGCUCACUCGCAAAGGAAAGCGGAAGGUCAUGGAGUUCUCCUUGCUUUGAAUCUGGCCAUGAAAAGACU